AAUACGUUGUAUAUGUUUGGAGGCGUAAUCGAUGAGCGAAUUGUUACAAACGAAUUGUGGAGUCUGGAUCUGGGCACGUUGGAGUGGACACUGGAAACAGCCAGUAACAAUGCCUCGGAUGCAAUCCCAAGUGCUGUUGCUGGCCAUGCGGCUCAUUUGAUCGGCGAUGAAAUGCUUAUCUUCUAUGGUCACAGUCCGUAUUUUGGCUUUAUGUAUACAAUCCAAAAAUUUAAAAUCAGUACAAAACGAUGGAGCAUUGUUCCUGAUAAUGGGCCACAUAUCCAAGGACGUUUCGGUCACUCACUUGUUUCGUAUAUUCGGGAGAAAAAAGAAGUUAUAUUAAUUUAUGGUGGCUAUAUGCUGCCCUAUGAAGGUGUUCUAACACGAGUGAGCAACACACUCAUCGAGUACGUCUGUGAUAGCCGAGGAUGGUUCGUUUUUAUUAUCACUAAUUGA